AACACAUGGUAGAAUCUAGAGUUUGUUUACGUUUACAACUCGCUGCAUGCAAUUUCAUUUCGGUUUUCGAUCUCGUUGUCUUUUGUAAUAUUCAGCGAUGGGGAAAAAUAAAACAAAACGAUUUGGCGCUAUGAAGCCCAAUCCUACUGGGAUAGUAAGUGAAAAAGAACUCGACUUGGAAGCUGAAUUAUCUGGAGAUCACGAUUCUGUACCGUCAUCCAUUUCCAACAUUGUGGAAAAAUUGCAGUCACCAGACACAGAAGAGAGGGCCUGUGGAUGUCAGCUGAUGGCCAGCAUUGUUUCACAGCCAAAAGCUAUUGGGUAUUUGCUCAAAGAAAAUGUUGUGAAAAUUACAGCACCAUUGUUUCUUGAUUCUUGUCUGGAAGUACAGAAAAAUGCUUUGGGUGCUUUAAGGAACAUGAGUGUGUACGGCCAUUCAGAUGUUUGUGAAGUGAUGAUUGAUAAUGAUAUACUCACACCACUAACAGCUCUUAUAAAAGAGUUUGGCAAUGGCUGGAUACCGCAGAAAGACACAGCCAAAAGUGACACAAGAACUGAUGUGUUGAUAGAAGCUAUGGAGCUGCUCUCUAAUUUAUGUGAAAGUCAUGGUGCUGCUGUCAAAUGGUUCAACAAGGAGAAGUUGGUUGUUGUGCUUUUACCUAUGCUGAAGCCAGAUGUUUUUGGAUACUCUUUAAGUAUUGCUGUUGCUCGUUGUUUACAUAUAGUCAGUGAAAACAACCCUGAGGUGUCUGUUGUUUGCCAGCAACAGGAAGUUGUCUCUCAGCUCUUACAGUUGAUUGCGGAGGUGCCUAGUGGCAUUGAUGCUGUUUUAUUAAAAACAUAUGCUAUAGGAAUUGUUAUGAACUUGUCUGAAGUGGAUUUAACUGCUUACUACAAAGGGAUAGUCACUACUAUAGUUGGAGUUCUGGAUUUAGACAGUUAUUCUGUCCUAGACACAGCCAUCAAGGGGAGUGAAGAUGCAGCUGAAAAUGCCUCGCAUGAGAGUGACGUGACGUGGCCUGAGGUAGACAAACUGUUAAGUGCCCAGGCUGUGAGCCUUGAGUUGCUGGCCAAUCUCUGCUGCUCAGGUGAUGAAUGGGAGGAUCAAGAAUGUUCAGGGUCAGGAGAGUCUUCUGACGACCAGGCAAUGGAGGCAGAAAGUAUGGAUGAUGUCGAUGAUGAUAGUACUGCAAAUGCACUUUGUCUUCCAAGCGAGAUAACUUCUGUUUUUGCUGAGAAUGAUAUUUUAACAAAGGUUUUACAGAAAGCAGCAGCCUUGUCUGUUGAACUGAUUGCCAAACUAGGAACUUCUUCUUGUGGUAGAAACACUUUAAAAAAAUUAAAAGACCUGCAAACUAGAGCGUUGUUGUGUUUUAGCAACAUUGUGGGAGCUUUGGAUGAGUCUUUAAUUUCUGAGUCAACCCUAACAACAAUUUGGGCUAGUCUGUACAGUUUAGUCAGUACAAAUGAAGGUUCUUCAGAUGGAGAUUUCUCAUGGGCAGUGACCAAUGCCAUGAGAGCAGUAAUACAGCGUUUAUCAGACAUUCAUUCUGCUAGUUUUUGCGAUAUGAAAGAGUCUGAUCUAGACUUUAUUGUGGGUCUGGCUAAAGAUGGAGACAACAGGGAGACCCAGAUCAAUGUGGUUAAAAUUAUUUCAACUAUUGGGUGUAUUUUAUCAGCUGAACCCAGCCCCAUACUGAAGAAAAUAGGGACUGUACUUCUGGAGGUGGCAUCAAACAAUGCAGACAUAGUUGUUGUAUCUGAGGCACUGGACUCACUCUUUGAUGUGUUCAAAGAGGAUAACACAAAUCAGAUUGCUAAGGACAUAGGACUUGUAGAUAAACUAAGAUCUAUGCAGCCUUCCUUCAGAACUAAAGUGUCAAGCCAACGAAAAAAGUUUGGAGAAAAUUAUGCAGUUGUCAUGACAGCCAAGGCGAAUCUUUCAGGAUUUAUAAAAUACAAACUCUCGCAUUCAUAACAAUUUUUACUAUUUGUUUUAACUAUUUAUAAACAGCUCUGUGAAUUAUAUUGUGGUCAAGUUAAAACAUUGUUUUAAAGAAAAAACACCAUUAGGUGUUACAAGUGAUAUAUAUACAAAUAUUUUUGUGAAUAAAAAUCAUCCACAGAAUUGGUCCAUAUUAGUUAACUGUCUUUUGCAAAAAGUAUAUAGAACUGUCAUACAAAAGUAUAAAACACAAUUUCCUGAGGUAUUAAAAUGUAAAUUUAUGUAAAUAAAUAAUGGCAUAUUCAAUUGACUUUCCUUUUUACUUGCUAUAAAAAAUACAUAAUCUAUAACAGGAACAAUUUUUGAGUUUUUAUACCAAGAAAUUGAAAGACCAUUGGCUUUAGGCAACUUGGCUUGUUUAAAAAGUUAGUAAUAUCAUUAACAGUGAGGUAUUUACUUUCAAAUUAAAGCUGUGCAUACAACAAUAAAUUUAGGAUCCCUGAGUUUUUACCAAAAAUAAUUUGAUAAUUUUUUUUACAUGUAAAUAA